CGAUGGCUUCGACACAUCUCCCGAGUGGCAGAAGCCAGCCACGAGUGCUAGUAGGUGGAUUUGGUGUCAGUCCUUUGCCACUUCCAUGUGUUGCAACUUGUACCUGCAUCUGUCUCCUUGUGCUCGGCUUUCGGACCUCUCCAUGCUCUAUAUGAACACACAGAGGGAGAGAGUAACUCAUCGUCGGAGGCAGAAAUGGAGGCGGCUUCCGAGGGGGAGUCUCGAGCCAUUGCUUUCGGUGAACAGCAGGAGGCUCUCGUGGUGAGGUCAUGGAAUGCGAUGAGGAAGGACGUAGCUGAUGUUGCACUGAAGUUUUUCUUGAGGGUCUUCGAGAUCGCACCUUCAGCUGCUCGACUCUUCUCCUUCCUGCGCGACUCCAACGUGCCGCUCGACAAGAACCCAAACCUCAAAUCCCAUGCCAUGUCUGUGUUCACCAUGGUAUAUCUUCUUCCUUCCUUCCCUUCCUUCCUUCCUUCCCCCAUUCAAUGCCAUGUUCGGUUGCAGGUGUGCGAGUCUGCGACACAGCUGAGGAAGAAAGGCAAGGUUUCGGUGAGAGAGACGACGUCGAAGAAGUUGGCGGGCACUCAUAUCAAGGCUGGCGUCAUCGAUAAACAUUUCGAGGUGGUGAGGUUUGCGUUGUUGGAUACCAUAAAGCACGCAGUUCCGGAGAUGUGGUGCCCUGAAAUGAGUGCUGCCUGGGGAGAAGCCUACGACCACUUGGCUGCAGCUUUAAAGGAAGAGAUGAGGCUUCUCACUUCUUCUUCGUAAGAAGUGGUAGCUUUGUGCAUCCUCUGAUGAAUAAAAUGAUAUCUUAUAUAUAGGGUUUGAAUACAGUCUAAUAGAAGAAGAAGAAGAAGAAGAAGAAGAAUACCACUUCGGUAAGCUUUGGAAACUGAGUGUGUAACCAGAGAUUAAUAAUG